AGGAGAGCGAUAGUUUUUUUUUUGGGACCCUUGCUUGAGUUUCUGCGGAGGGGAAAAGACAUGUUUUGUGCAGGAAAAGUAAAGUGCGCAUUUAGAGCCGACAGCAGAGGGAUUGUUAUUGGGAGUUGUUCUUGUCUCCCCGUCUGGAAAAUAGGACCGUAAAUCUUUCUAUGGCAAGAGGAGAAAAAAAACGUUAGAGAAAAUGUUUGUCGAAAGCAGAUGAACAGAAAAAGCACAGAAGAAAAGAGGAAGAGAGCAAAAUAUUAAAGAGUGCCUUUACAUCAUACAAGAGGAGUAUCAUAUAUAAUCUGCAGCACUUUGUGUACGAUAAGCAAGAGAUGGGACCACUGAAGACAAAUAGAAGACGUUCUCCGCCAUUAACAAGAGGCAGAGGGGGAAAAAAGGGAGUUGGUUCUCAGCCCUUAAAAGAAAAGGACUCCAAAAAAGUGAAGAAAGAGACACUUGUCAGAACCGCAGAGCACACACCCAGCACUCCUGCUAAACGCAGAUACACACCGACAUCCACAGAUGCCAACCCAGAUGAUGAACCAAUCGCAAACAGUAAUACCAUUGCUAAGGAGGAGACUACUGAACGUGUGAAGCAUGGCGUGUCGGAAGCAAGUGAUGAAAAGAAGGCAGAGGAAAAGAGUGAAAAGGAAAAAAUGGUUGGGACAAAUGGAAACAGUAUCCCACCCACUGGUUCUGUAGUAUUGCCUACCUCUGCCCCAUCACCACUCCCCAUAGCUGCACCCCAGCAAGCCACCAAUCACGGCCCUGGCUUAGGCUCAGUUUCCAGUAGGAAGACGGCCACAUUUAAAGCUCGUGUACCCAAGAAAAAAUACAUGUAUGAGCACUUUGCCAACAAUACAAGUGUCACAAAUAAUGUUCCUACCUCCAGUCCUGCUCUCAUAUCUAAUAGCUACGGCAAUUUCAACAGCAAAAACAGUCAGAGUAUCAGUACUCCUAAUAAUAUGUUUAAGUGCAGCAACAAUAUUACUAACAGCAUUAAUAAAGGCACUAAUGUGAGCAUAAAUAGCAGUACUUCCAGUAACACUACAAGUAGUAUUACCAGUACAAAUAGCAGUAGAAACAUUGGUGCUGGCAGCCAUUACACUUAUAUGAAUAGCAUUGAUAGCAGACGUAAUAAUUGCUCAGGUAAUCAGCCAUCAGUGUUAGCAGGAGAAAGAAAAGCUACAGAAGCAAACCAUUUUGUCUCAGUAAAGGAUAAAACCCCCAGGAUCUCACAUUCCAAGGAAAGAGACUCACUAACAGGAGAAAAUGAAUUGGAGGGGGCCCCUAACUCAGUGCGCUCUUCCUCUACCGAUACAGCAAGCGAGCAUUCCUCUGACCUGGAUGUGAUGGAGGCAACAGGACCAAAUACUAAACUCCACAUCGUUGCUUCUGUCCAAAACUCACAUCUGAAAGAGAUCAGUCUUUCAGAGGGACUGGCUGAAGCUCUGGCGAAAGGCAUGAAAAAUCAGAGAGUACUGGCCCGCCAAAUAAAAAAUAAACCGCCAUGUGAUAUAAAGACUGCCAGCAAUGAAGAUUCCUGCCUCCAUUCUCCUGUGUUUAGACAAGGAGUGGUGCGUAGGGUAAGUGGAGGUUCUGUUGAAGUUCAGCUCCAAGGAGUAGAAACCCUUGUUAAAUACCCAUUUUGUGGUGGCACCAUGGUGACACCCUCUAUUGAGGCCGAGAGUGCAGUCGACUUCAUUUUAGAUGCACCCCCACCCGGCACUUCCCCCGUGGCUGUUGGGACACGGGUGUGUGUCCCAUUUGUCGAAGAAGAAGAAAGGAUUCCUCCAGUGUACAGAGAAGGGGUUGUUGCUCAAGUCGACCCCCACCCUGGUGUCUCAUUUCCUUAUCAGGUUCUACUUAACGAAGAGAGAGAAGCUCUAGGUGGAGAGUUAGUGGGGGAGAAGAAGGAAGGCAAAGUAACGGGUCGGUUUGUCUGGGUGUCCCGACAGAGCCUAAGACUACUCAUCCCUCCCUGGGAGGUUUCCCAGUUAGACGGUGGGAGAGCAAAGGAGAGAGAGCUUGAGCGGGAACGGGAGGAGAGGGAGCGCCUGGAGGAGAUGGAGGUAGAGAGAGAAGUGUGCCAGUUAAGCAUUGGAAUGGGGGUGCUGGGAGCUGGUGCACGGUUGGGCCCUGGGUUUUCACAUGAAGGGACUGAAGGGGUGCAUACUUCCAGAACCGUACAUCCACCUGCCAGUUCCUCCACUUUAAGCUCCAGUGUAGUUGCCAUCACAAGUCAUGGAUGUGAAAGCAAUAUGUCAGGAAGAGAAAGGCAGAAACAGCCCAACACGCCAGAGGAAGAUCGUGAGGUAUCUCGUUUUAACAUGGGUCAUUCCAUUGGUCCAAAAGCAAGUGCUGGAACCUCUCAGUACAGGAACAUUGUUUCCAAGCCCACUAGUUACGCUCCCACAUCCACUCACCUCUCAAUGGUGAGGGGUGUAGGACCACUUCAUCUCUCUACAAUAACCAGUCCUCUGCCAACCCCAUCUCCUUCCUUACUUACCCCUGAAAUAAGCACCACCACUUCAAACCUACCUCUAACCAAGACCACUCCCACCCAGACUCCUACUCCCACUUCUGGUGUGGGCUCCUCCCCAGCCUCCUCCCGUUCCAGGACUCCCCUCUCACUGGCUCAGCAGAAGUACAAAAAAGGCGACGUGGUAUGCACUCCCAACGGUAUCCGUAAAAAGUUUAACGGGAAGCAGUGGAGGAGGCUGUGCUCCAAAGAGAGCUGCAUGAAGGAGUCUCAGCGAAGAGGGUACUGCUCCAGACACUUGUCCAUGAAAACCAAAGAGAUGGAGGCAGCAGGGGGAGAGAAGGGAGGGGGAGGCAGCAGCUCAGGGACGGUGACCCCUUCUGACCUUCGGGGGAGGGCAAGCAGUGAGUUUGAGUGGGACGACACGUCAAGAGAGAGCAGUGAGACAAGCAGCAGAGGAGACUCCAGACCACGCUUGGUUCUCCCUUCCCUCCUCCCUCAUGAGCUUUCAUCAAGGUUUGAUGUAGAUGAAUGUGAGGCUGCCACCAUGCUUGUGUCCUUAGGAAGCUCUCGCUCUGGCACUCCUUCCUUCUCCCCUAUCUCCAAUCAGUCUCCCUUCUCCCCUGCCCCCUCUCCCUCACCCUCACCGCUGUUCGGUUUCAGGCCUGCUAACUUCUCCCCUAUUACUGCAUCCCCAGUCUUACAACACCGGAGACACCGACAGCCCAGUGGUGCAGGAGGGGGAGGGGGGAGUAAAUCAACAACCCUAGCAGGAGCAGGUGAAAGGGAGAGACACAUUUCGGGCAUCCAGCCGUCCUUCCCCAGUAACCUGACGUUUACAGUCCCCAUGAGCCCCAGCAAGAGAAAAUCUGAUGCCCCCCCUCCUCCACCCCUUCCCUCACACCACCACGACUAUACGCCCAAAACAGAGCUGGAUCUGGGAGACCUCAACAACUCUUUCAGAGUUCUUUCGCCCCAAACACCAGCAUCACAUUCCCGCACACAUACGCCCACCCUCUCCCAGCUCAAAGGACAUAGCACACCCUCUUCCAGCAGGCCCCCAUCCUCUGCUGCUACCUCUCCUCCUCCUCUGCUGGUCUCCGCAACUCCUCCUUCUCCUCUCUCAACUGACGGAGGGCCUCGACGAGUGGUCCCUAUACCCCAACAGACUUUACGGGACUCCCCUGUCAUUGUUCGAAAUCCUGAAGUUCCAUUUGCAAAAUUCACAGAGUCUCCAUCAGAAAGAGGAGGAGGCAGAAAUGAGGCAGCUAUAGAUAAUAACCCCCCUAAAGAAAUUGCGCUAACCCCCCUCACUGCUCAGCCCGUCGCAGGCCUCCAGGUUCCCGUCCCUAUUAACGCUGCCACAGCAACAGUGCCCAACGGUACUGUCUACUUGCGGAGCCCAGCCCAAACUCUGGUUCUCGUUUCCCCGACAGCUUCCUCCCUAUCUUCCACUGACCCGACAGCCAACCCCUUGCAAGCCCUCUCAAUUACCGUCAGCACAACCGUGGCAGCUUCUGCUCCAAGUAGCACAGACAGCUCUGGAGAGCGAGAGGACAACAAGUGCACCGUGUUUGGUGGGGAGGUGCAGCAACCAGUUCCCUGUCACCCCUCUCCCACAGCUCUGCUCCCUCUAAUCCUACCAGCAGAAACUUUGCACCCUGCCCCUCGAAAGGACAUCAUCAUGGGACGUCCUGGGACAGUGUGGACCAAUGUAGAACCACGGUCAGUUCCAGUCUUCCCCUGGCAUUCAUUGGUUCCUUUUCUGGCACCCACCCAGUCAGAUGCUCCAUCUCAUCCAGGUGAGGGCCAGCAUCCCGUCAACCACCCUCAAGCAACCAGUCUGAAGACAGGGCAUUGUUUUCCCUCAGAUUGUCAGGGGGUGGCAGCGCUCUCACAAGAGCCUGCAGAGGCACCUCCCACUGUAGAGAGAGGUCCCCCAUCCAGGCCCCCACCCUCCUCUGAAGAGCCUCUUCCUGAGAAGGAGAAAGGGGAUGCGGAGAGGGAAAGGCCCGACAGUGAAACCGAGAGCGACGUAGACGACCCCUUCCUCCCAGGAGUUGUACCAGAGCAGCCUCUCUCCACAUCCCCAGUAAAGCGACGCACUCAGUCUCUCAGUGCACUGCCCAAAGAUGGAGACAAGAGCAGUCCAGGAAAGAGGGAGAAGGACCACAUCCGGCGACCAAUGAAUGCAUUUAUGAUUUUUAGUAAGCGUCAUCGAGCAUUAGUGCAUCAACGCCAUCCAAACCAGGACAACAGGACAGUAAGCAAGAUUCUUGGGGAGUGGUGGUAUGCCCUGGGACCUAAGGAGAAGCAGAAGUACCAUGACUUGGCCUUCCAGGUAAAAGAGGCUCACUUUAAAGCACACCCAGACUGGAAAUGGUGCAACAAAGACAGGAAAAAGUCCAGCUCCGAAGGUCGUGGUGUCCCUGGAAACAAAGACAUCAGGGAAAGAAGCAUGUCAGAAUCAACAGAGCCCCAUUCUGUGGAGCUGAAGGGUGUGGGUCCAGGUCUGGCGGGUGUAUCGGAAAGGAGCACAGGAGAGGGACAUGUGGGUCAGCUUACCCGCCCCCGAGCCUUUUCCCAGAGUGCCAUGCACAGCCUGGAGCGAGGGGACAGGGGGAACACCCAAGCUCUAGCAGAACUCGCCCAGAUGUGUGGAGACAGCGGCAGCCAGUAUCCCAGCCACGCCCCUGCACCCUCUCACACUCAGAGGGGGGUCAGUGAGGACAUGACCAGUGAUGAAGAGCGCAUGGUCAUCUGCGAGGAGGAAGGAGAUGAUGAUGUCAUUGAGGACCCUUAUCCCAGCACCUCUAUAGACCUAAAGUGUAAGGAGCGCGUGACUGACAGCGACAGCGAGAACGGUUCAGGAGAUGAAGGAGAUCGGAAGAGAGUGUUUGCUCCAGUCAUCUGUUCCACUGCAUCAUCGUCUUCCUCACACCAUACCCCUCAUGGCAGGAGUGUUUCUCUGUCCUCUUUCCCCAGCAGCAGGCGUUAUGAUGAGGGGAGAUCUGGAGUAGGAGGGUUUUCAGACCACAGAAGAAAGGAGAGAAGUGAUGGAGAGAGUAAAGACACUUUUGUUAGCGAGGGAAGCAAUAUGCAGGCGUCUUCUGUCUCAAUCUCUUCCGGUCAAUCAAUCAAAUCCACUUCUCCAGCUGGAGGGCUUCCGUCCUCUUCAGUGGGCUCUAUAGGAGGGAGCCAGGCUCUUGGUGUUGGAGCUGUGAGGGUCGCGUCUACAGUAGUGACGAAUGUGAUGCGUCCUGUUAUCAGCACACCCCUACCAAUCGCCAGCAAACCCAGAGAUGGCGGCCCUUCAUCAAGCCCCCAUCCUCCAGAGAGAAAGUCCCUGACUCCUCAGCAGCAGCCCCAAAUCCUUCUCAGUCCAGGAGCAGGAGGUGGGCCUCCAGCCACAGGGGGCGGGUACUACCCUCCAUCCUCACCAAGUCCUGUAGGUGCAGGCAGUGUAGUGACUAAUUUAGUCUUAGGAGGGGCUCUGCCAGCUCAGUCUGCUUUACAGCUCAUCAACCCUCCCCCCCACCCUCAGCCAUCCCACCAGCAGGCUUUAGCCUCCACGGCUGUUUCAGCCUCUCCCAGCCAAAGCAACGGUCCCCUGUCCCUCCUUCAGCCCCAGUUCCUGCCUGGUUCAUCUCUGGCCGCCACCGGGGGCAAGGGCAUCACACAAGUUCAGUACAUCCUGCCCACCCUGCCUGCCAACACCAACCCCAAGAGCCCACCUCAGAAUCACAGCCAGCCAACCAGUAUCUUCAACCUGCCCACAGCUCCACCUACACAUGUAUCCUUAGCCAAUGGAAAGCAGCAGAGUGCCGGUUCACAGACAGGAUAUUCGUCCAGCCCUGCGGUGGGGGUAGUCAGCCCUGGAGCAAGAGUGCAAACCCAGCCUCAAGUGCUCCCAGGUAAAAUGCUCGUUCCCAUGGCAACAGUUCGGACUGCUCAAGCCCCUGCCCAGCAGUUUCCCAUUGUUGCCCCAUCCCUUCCUGUCCAGAAUGGUGCACAGGCUGGAAGCAAGAUCUACCACCUUGCCUCCAUGCCAGUGGUCCAGUCCCAGCUGCCUCAGGGUGGAGCGGUGCAUCCUGCCAGCCCCUUCCCUGUAACACUGGGAGCAGCAGCUGUGGUGACGCCAGGAUCAGCCCCAUCCCAGGCUGUGCUGCUGCCACCUGCACCCACGAGGAUUACCUAUGUCCAGCCCACCUCAGGGGUCCCAUCCACUUUGCCUCUAGUCUCUACAACAACCGGCUCCUCUCCCAGUCAGCAGACUCUACCAGUGCCUGGAUCUGCAUAUGUUCCCUCGCCUUUAGCAACACUCGGGUUUACAGCCAUCGCACCACCUGGACAGACACUGGUUCAGCCACUGAUCGCAGGUCAGCCGCCGCUCCUCGCCACAGCUCAGUCCCCUCAACCCUCCACCUCUGCCCCUGCCUCCGUCUCCGGGGGCCAGAUAGUCACCGCCAUUUACCCUCCAUCACAAAACGUCAGCAUGGCAUCAGGGGUGGUCUCAAUGGCACAGAUGCCCCCCAGCGUGGUCUACUCAGUCUCGGGCCCUUCAAGCUCCUCGCCCCACAUAUUACCCAAACACGCUGCUCCCCCCUCUGCAGUCCUCCACUCGCAGCCCCACCUGGAGCGACAGGUGGACAGGCAUCUGCCUCCGGACAGAUCCGCCGAUCGCCAGAGCGACAGCCAGGUGGACAUCCUGGCACAUUCAGAGAGGCAGACCACCGCAUCCAACAGUAACAGCUCAGCAGCACCUCCUAGUGGCUCAGCUGUGUCUACAAGGUCCUGCAGUCCUCCGCUUCAGAUCCAAGCACCUGGCAGCACACCUAAGCUACCACAGCUUCCAGUCAGGCUCCCUCAGAAAGUGAAAGCAACCGUGGCGACAAUUCCUGUAGGCAGCUACGACGGAGGAGGGCGAGGAAAAGACAGGGAGCGAGAGAAGGAGCGGGAAAAGGAAAGAGAGAAACAAGCGGCGGCCAACAGUCAUUUCUCCUUCGAAGCCGAACCUUCAGGGCACACGGGGUCUCCAUCGACUCAUCCCACUGAGGAGCCGUCGUCCUCUGACAGACCCCUGGAGGGUUCCAGCACCGCAGACUCCUCUGACACAAGGAACAGGGAAAGUACAACGCCCAAAGAGGGUGGGUGGAAGGAGACUCUCCCUUCCUCUCCUCUCCCCCCUCCAUCAGCCACAGAGCCCGCUUUGCCUCCCCCACAAACCGACAAAGACGGCCCCACUCCCAAAAGGAUCAAAGCCCGCCCACCACCACUAAAGAAGACCUUCGACUCCGUCGACAAGACUGGCAGGGUUCUGUCCGAGGUAUAUUUCGAGGAACGGUUUGCAGAGCUGCCUGAGUUUCGACCAGAAGAGGUUCUGCCUUCACCCACCCUGCAGAGCCUGGCCACUUCACCUCGCGCCAUCCUGGGCAGCUAUCGCCGCAAGAGGAAGAACUCCACAGAUUUGGACUCUGCGACAGACGAACAAGCCUCUCCGAAGAGGAAGAGUAGACGACGUUCCAGCUGCAGCUCUGAGCCCAACACGCCUAAAAGUGCCGCCAAGUGUGAAGGAGAUAUCUUCACCUUCGACAGAGCAGCUACAGAUGGAGAAGACAUUCUGGCAGAACUGGAGUUUGAGAAGGUGCCGUACUCGUCCCUGAGACGAACUCUUGACCAGAGGAGGGCGCUGGUCAUGCAGCUGUUCCAGGAGCAGGGCUUCUUUCCAUCAGCUCAGGCCACCGCGGCAUUCCAGACAAGAUACUCCGACAUAUUUCCUUCCAAGGUGUGUCUGCAGUUGAAGAUCAGGGAGGUUCGACAGAAGAUCAUGCAGACAGCGGCGCCGUCAGACGCCUCCGCUUUAGGCCCUACAGACUCGGCUUCGUCGGCUCCAGGGCCUUCGGGCUCCCAGUCAGCAGAGGGAUCUGGGAAGGGAGGUGGAGACCUGCAUGAUGAAGAAGUGGAACAGGGAAACGCUGCGAGUCCAGAGGAGCUUCGUGAGUCACAGGACUCCUCUAGAUGAGUGAUUGGGAUGCAUUAGAUUGAGCAGUCACUAACUCCUCAUCUCACAUUCCUCCACCCUCACACUCAUCCAUAUCUGUUAGGAGUGAGACAUUUUUGUUUGCAGUAUUUGGACUUUUUUUUUUUUUUUCCUGUGACUCUCACACCAAAAAUAGGAACACUUAAAAAAACAAGUGGUGCAGAAAGUAGAAACAGUUCAUUUCCAGACUUGAAUCAGCACUCGGUAUUAACCGCCUCAAAGAACGCCAGCCAUCAAAGGACCGUCAUGUACAGCUGCACUCAUUUGCCUUGAAGAUGAAACUGUUCCCGCUUCGGAUCCGCAAAUCCGCUUUGGCUGAACCGGCGACCAGUUAGGAAUUGAAAAAGAGGUAGUUGAUCUAUGUUUUGAUAUUUGUUCUGUUUUUAAUCAUUUUAGGAGAGUAAAGGCAGUAAAGCGUCUGCUAAAGGAACAACCUGUAUGUAUACUUAACUGUUGUAAGCUUGUGAUUUAUUCCUGCUGCCGUUGGGGGCUGGGCCCUCAGCAGCUGGAAACGAUGCAAUGGUUCGUUAUGGGGGGAACUUAUUGCAGUGGACCUCGACAGAUCAUUUCCUCACCUGUAGACCUUCAGAGGAGGUUUACCAGGAGGGUUUCAGAAACUUAAGGUGGACCUCUGGCGGUGCCAUCAUUCCCGCACACACCUGACCAACCAGGGUCUCCAUUUUUCAGCGACCCAGAACACAUGCCAGUAGGUGGGAAGUCAGCAUUCCUGUGCCUCAUUUGUUUGCCAUGAAGGAAGGAGGGUCGGAGUCACCGGGCACAUCCUGGCUCUCAGAGGCCGAGGCUGGGCUGGAAAAGGUCCUUAAUCCUCUGUUGCCAAGCAGUUUAUUUACUUCUUUUUAUAUUUGGAUUUAUAUUUAACAUGGUCAUAUUCAGUUUGUUGUACUAUUCUUAUGGUUAUUACUCCUCAUAUCAUUUAAGCGAAUCAAUGUUUUGUUCUCCUGGCAGAUUUUUUUAAAUACUUUCUGCCAACAUUACAUUUCUUCUUCUCUUCUGCUUUAUUUUAUUACCGAUAUUUGGAGGCAGGUGAGACAUGCUGCUCCACACCUGUACAGUUCCUCCGUUGUAGUCUUCCCUUGACUGGCCUCUCACCUCAGCAAGGACCUGCGGUGCAAUUCUUCUUAAUUCUUACAAACAGCGUGGAACCUUUUUUUUUAUGUCGUUUCAGCAGUAAUCAGUCGUCUGUUUAGAAGACCCCGUAUGCCUCUUACCUUCGCUGAAGUUCAUUUCUAUAAUCUCAACACUUAAUACUUCUCCUUCCUCCUCCUCUGUCCUCACCUCCUUCCUCCUUUUGUCACUUUAUUGCUCUCUCCUGACCUUUUUAAGGGUAGAGAAAAAAACUGGAGGAAUAGAAGGGAGGGAACAAAUCAAAAGAGAGCUGGUAGGAAAUAAUACUGGUGGUGUCUUUGUGGAAGACUUGGUUGUGUUGUAAAUAAUUACUGUAGAGUCAGCCGACUCAUUGAUAUGGAAAACAAUCUGUCAUUGAGCAUAAUGUUGACUUUUAUCAUUACUGAGGAAAAAUAAAUAUGA